AUGGAAUCAAAAUCAGAGCAAAAUGAGGAAUGGAGCUCAGGCGUGUGGGCACACCUCGCCGCCGUCCGACGACAAUCGCCGCUGGUUCAGUGCAUCACCAACUUCGUCUCGAUGGAUCUCGUGGCCAACACGCUUUUAUCGGCCGGCGCAUCUCCGGCGAUGGUUCACUCCGUCGUUGAGGUUCCUGAUUUCACGCCUCAUAUUCACGCGCUCUGCGUCAACGUUGGCACGCUCACACCUGACUGGCUUCCUUCCAUGAAAGCUGCCGCCGAACUCGCUUCUAAGCUCGGAAAGCCCUGGGUUCUCGAUCCCGCCGCCGUGAGUUGCUCCGGGUUCCGGUUAAAUGCUUGUCUCGAGCUCGUCGGGUUUGAACCGACUGUAAUCAAAGGAAACGGUUCUGAGAUUAUUGCUCUCUCUUCUGCUUCACCGGGCCAGACUAAGGGUGCUGAUAGCUCUCAUGAAUCUACAGACGCCAUAGAAGCUGCAAAGUCACUAUCUCUAUCAAGCGGUGCUGUGGUUGCAGUGUCAGGAGCUGUUGAUAUCGUCACUGAUGGGAAACAAGUCAUUGGUGUCCACAACGGGACGAAGAUGAUGCAGAAGAUCACCGCAACUGGAUGCUCUCUAGCUGGUUUGAUUGCAGCGUUUCUUGCCAUCGAUCCAUUAAAGCCAUUAGAAGCUACGGUCUCCGCAAUGUCUAUCUUUGGCAUCGCUGGUGAGUUGGGAGAAGCGAUGGCUAAAGGUCCAGCUUCAUUGAGAAUGCAUUUGAUAGACUCUCUUUACGGUUUGGAUGAAACCACUGUGCUUAACCGUGUUAAUAUCACCAGGUUUGGUUGA